CAUUCGGAGAGCUCAUUGGAUGCUUAAUAAUGCAAAUUAUGUUUUCACUUGAAAUUAAAAAUGUAGAUGCUAAGACAGCCUCCUUUGCACAAUUUAAAUUACCUGCUCAUUGUUUAUUUAUUAUACUUAUGAAAGCAGCAAAUGAGAUUGUUCAGCUUCAUAAACUCAUCCAUUCAAAUGUAUUUAAGUCGAGCCUUAUGGCACUAUUAUAACAAUAAUGAUUGUUAUUGCAGCAUUAGUCACGCAUCAGCAGAUUUUGGUUUGUUCAUUCCCAUUUAGAGGAUGCAUUUGGGCAUUAAGUCUAGUUGAAUUGCAUAAUUUGAGUGGUUUUGUUCGGGACACGCGUAGGAUGGAGAUGAAACCGAAGACAGCUGAAUUUUGGAUGGUAAUUUUCCUCUACCUGCUCCCUAAUUGGAAAUUGGAGGCGGAGGCCAAGAAUAAUUUUGAGCUGCAAACGGAUAAUUUUACAUGCAGCAGCGAUGAUAUCAGUUCAAGCGUGCUCAAGGAGUUCACUUGUGGCAUAAGCAAAAGUGCCAAACGCCGCACUUGGCACAUGGAAUUCGUACUCGAACAACCUGUUGCCGAACAUGAUUUCUUUAUGAAAAUCAUCCUGCCGCGCAGGAGACCUCUGCCGGAUUUCGUCCUGCUCAAUGUGACCACGGAUGGCUGCCAGUUACUAGCGAAUCGCAAUCAAGUGCCACUUAUGCGCCUGGGCCGGAAUAUCAUGGAGCGUUUCAGCAACUUUCCCAAACAGUGUCCUUUCAAGCCAAACUUUACCUACUACAUCAGGGGAUUUCGCUUGGAUUUGAACCUUCUGCCCGCCGUGGACAUGGAGACGCCAGUGCACAUCGAGCUCACUUAUCAGAACAAACAGCAGGGAAUCAGGUGGAUUACCGGUUACCUGAUAGCUCGUGUUCAACGGAUUAGUGAGAAAAAGCGGCCCAAGUAA